CGAACAGACAUUUCAACACCGAACGUCAAUGAAGCACAUUCCCAAGCGAAAAUCUUGAAUGUGCCUUCAAACUUACCUUUCCAAAGAACCUGUUUCGAUUUAAUUUAAAAUAAUAAGGAUUAAUUUGAUAAAACCAGCUUUAUUUUGAUUAACAAUGGAAAGAUUCUCUUUUUGUAUUUUGUUUGUUUUGACUAUGAUGUUGCUCGGCGCAUUGUUUCCGGUUUCCACUGAGGCUGAAGAUUCACCAGAGCUGGGAGAAGACAUUAAAGAGGUGAAAAUGGAAGUAGUAAGGAAACCGAAAUUUUGUCUCCGGAAAGCAAAGACAGGAGACCUUUUGCUGCUGAAGAUGGAAGGGAAAAUUUUCUCUACCGGGGAAAUAUUUGAUACAAACAUGAAAGAAAAGCAGCCCUACAUAUUCCAAUAUCGGGGAGGUCAGCUCGACCCGGAAAUGGAGAAUGCUAUGACUGAUAUGUGUGCGGGAGAAAUAAGGAAGAUUCGUAUACCAGGGGGCGGUGAUCGACAGACCUUCACCGCGAAAACCGGUGUACAGGUAUCGGCCAACUCUACUCUAGAGUUUGUCGUGGAACUACAAGAUAUCCAAGAUAGUCCCGAUCACGUGAUGGUGUUUAAUUUAUUAAACAAUGACAAAUCAGGAACACUGUCGGUGGCACAGUUCAUGGCGAUAGCAGCACAGGGCCUUGAAAUGUUUCCAUUGAUUUCGACACUUGAAGAAAUGGAAGUGGUCAUUGUGGAGGCUUUCCGUCUGGCCGACAAGGACGGCGAUGGUCGCCUUGACCUUGAAGAAUAUCUCGACUCCCCAUUGGUCAGUAAAGAGAAUCCUGAACAUGAAGAGGCCAUCCAGAAGAGAAUGAAUGAAUACAGAGAGAAAGAAGCGGAAAAGGCUGAAGAGGCUAAAAAAGCCAAAAGUAAACCAAAAAAUGAGGAAUUAUAGGCUUGGCUACUUAGUAUCUAUGACAUUAAAUUAUGAAAGUGAAUUCGAUAUUUCAAAAGAAACUAAUUGCUGAGCGAAAGCUCAACUCAACCGCGAUUGAAAAGGUUUUAAAUUCUUUUUAUGAAAUUCUCUUUUUUAACUAAGAAUCAUUUAGAAUCAUGAAAGUCAUAAUGAAGCAGCAAUUAAGAACCUUGUUAAUUGAGAUUGUUUUUUGAGUGAAUAGGAUAAUAACUACAUGAUCUAUCUGACUGAGUAGAUCUUUGUAAAUGUUCAACACGCUUUCCGAGCGGGGUAUCUCAGAUAACGUUUUUUCAAAAAUAUUCAUGAUAUUUUAUAUUUUUGUUUUUUAUUUAAUAUCUGAAAAUGACAAGUACCACUUAAAAUGGUCGAUUUUGAAAUGUACAUUAUGUUCGUUAUAGAAAUCUUAAAUCAUAUUCAUAUUUGCCUACAAUGGAAAAUGAAACCCAUUAGUUACCGACCUUCGCAUGGGAAAUACCAAUCGAAAAGAUUUCUUUUUUUGAGAUAUGAUUACAGAUGAACAAAAGAAGAUGUGUAUCAUAUAUCUGAUCAAAUUAAUAUACAAUACACUCAUUGUAUAUUUCUUAUUGUCAUCGACACAAAUGAAGUAAUUAAGAUUGAGAGUUAUGGUACAAAUUAAUACGCACGACAUAUAACUAAUAUCUCUUCUACAAAGUUCCCUUUCUAAAAAAAUUCUUUUGUUAAUUUUUAAAUUUUGAAUACUUCUUUGUUGAGAUUUGUUCAUGUUCUCGCGAGUCUUAUAAUGAAAAGACGCUAAAAUACGGACCGGAACAGGCCGAAAAACUCAACUUUUGGUUAAAACUUUCCACCAAACGUUAAUGAAAGCUUUUCUUUCUAGUAUAUAAAUCAUAACUCGUUUCACAAAAAUGGUUGUCCGUUCGCAUUUUUGUUUUGUUUUACUUUUCAUGGAAAUCGCUAUUUUGAAAAACGUCCCUCCCCCUUUCACAUGAUGAAUUGCUUAAGAUGUCCUCUGAAAUGCCUUAUUUCCGAGCAUUUCUAGACUAUACAUGUGUAGUAAAAUAAGUACCAGAGAUAUGUAUAAUCAUUAUGUCAAUAACUUUGAUGAACAGAUAUUUUUUCAUUAUUUUUGGAUGAUUUCCAAGUUACGACUUAGCAUUAUUUUCUAUAACCGAAUCUCAAUUAUUAAUGCUAUAUUAAUUUCAUCACAACUUCUGUUGCAUUCUUUUUCUCUCGGAGUUAUCCGUGAUGCUUAACCAAAGAUAAAUUGGACAAAUGGACGUUAGCCUGGUGUUUUGGGGAAUGUGCUGGCGAUCUUUGCGCGAAGAUUAUAAUUCAAGAAAAAAUAGUAAUACAAAUAGUACUUAUGAACGCUUUGACCAAUAAAAUCCUUUAAAUAAUGUUCGGAGGCCCAAUAGUUGAACAUCUUUAAUAGCGAUACAAGGUUUGUAUGUAAACACGAAUUGUAAUUUCUACUUUUGGUUUUACAUAUAUAUAUAAAUAUAGAAAAGUCUGCAAAAUGAUUGAUUGGGCUAUCAGCCAAUGGAAUCACUAAGAAAAAUAUGUUAACGAGAAAAUGUUGAUAAUAUCCAUUUGUCCCGGGAUCACUAUAAAAGGGAGGUAACUCUGAGAAAAAUAGAUGUAAGUCAACAAUAGAAAUCACGCUCACUUCUAUAUCUGAUACUGUGACGUAAUACUGUGACGUAAUACUGUCAUGUGUUAUCUCCAACAAGUUUCUCUGCAUGAAAUAAAGAUCCGGGUGAC